CAAACACACGCAGCGAGGACCUCAGUGUCUCCUACACUUGGGCAGCGGCGCCGGCAGAUGUUCAGCAGCGCUGACCUUCAGCGUGGACCGAGGUUUCCAGUCAAAACAACCCGGACUUUAUCCCUGCCUUCCCUUCACCCCCUCCUUUCACCGGACUCUCAGCUUAUGUGACACGGUAACGUCCGGCGGCGACACCAGCGAAACAUGACGGAGCUGAGGAAGCGAGGAGGAGGAGGAGGAGGAGGAGAGCCUGACAGCACCGAGAACAUCAGCGACAAGGAUGGCGAUGACAGACUGGGCCUGCACGUCGAUGCAGAGGGAGAAGGGGACAUUGACUCCAAAGCUGACACUCCAGAUGUUCCUCUUUCUACCGCAGACACAGACAACACUCCACAGUACCUGAACAAAGCCCUGGAGGGGCUGCCACCCAGAUGGAAGAACUAUUGGAUACGAGGGGUUCUGUCUAUAGCUAUGAUAUCAGGCUUUUUUCUCAUCAUCUAUAUGGGACCUGUCGCUCUUAUAUUAGUGGUCAUGACUGUCCAAAUAAAGUGUUUCCAAGAAAUCAUCACAAUCGGCUACAGAGUUUACCAUUCCUACGAGCUGCCUUGGUUCAGAACGCUCAGCUGGUAUUUUCUGAUUUGCGUGAACUACUUCUUCUAUGGUGAAACUGUGGCGGAUUAUUUCGGGGCUCUGGUUCAGAGAGAGGAACCGCUGCAGUUCCUGGCUCGCUAUCACCGCUUCAUCUCCUUCACUUUGUACCUUGCAGGUUUCUGCAUGUUUGUGCUGAGUUUAGUGAAGAAACAUUACCGCCUGCAGUUUUACAUGUUUGCUUGGACCCAUGUGACCCUGUUGAUUGUGGUAACUCAGUCCCACCUUGUCAUUCAGAACCUGUUUGAAGGAAUGAUCUGGUUCAUUGUUCCAAUCUCCAUUGUGAUCUGCAAUGACAUCAUGGCCUACCUCUUUGGCUUCUUCUUUGGGCGCACCCCACUGAUCAAGCUCUCACCCAAGAAGACCUGGGAGGGCUUCAUUGGAGGGUUCUUCUCCACUGUGGUCUUCGGCUUCAUUCUGGCCUACCUGCUGGCUCAGUUCCAGUACUUUGUGUGUCCCGUGGGCUUCAACAGCGAGACCAAUGGAUUUACAGUUGAAUGUGAGCCUUCGGAUAUCUUUGUGAUGCAGGAGUACACGCUUCCCACUAUGUUACAGAACGCGCUGAGUUGGAAAACCGUCAACCUGUACCCCUUCCAGAUUCACAGCGUUUCUCUCUCCAGCUUUGCGUCGCUCAUUGGUCCAUUUGGAGGCUUCUUUGCCAGCGGCUUUAAACGAGCUUUCAAAAUCAAAGACUUUGCCAGCACCAUCCCCGGCCACGGUGGCAUCAUGGAUCGGUUCGACUGUCAGUACCUGAUGGCCACCUUCACACACGUUUACAUAGCCAGCUUCAUCAGGGGGCCCAACCCCAGCAAGUUGCUGCAGCAGCUGAUGAUGCUCCAGCCUGAGCAGCAGCUCAGCAUCUUCCACACGCUGCACUCCCACCUGAGAGACCGGGGCAUGAUUCCCCCAGCGGCUGCCCAGGCUUGAAGGCCUCUGUAAGCAUGUACAGACACAGGCUGUUCAGAGCAUCCAUAGUCAUCCUACCGGCUCCUUUGACCUCCACUCGGAUCACUAUCACUGAGGUGACUCUGCAGAGACCACGUGAAAGAAGUUUGCAAUAGAAGAAGAAAAAGUAUCAAAAGUCUAAAAAGAGCUAGGCAGCUUUUGUGUUUCACUUGGACAACAUCCUGUAGAAAGUACAACACAGUCAUAGUAAAUGCAUACAGACUGGACGAAACAAACGUCUUUGUGAACAAAACAGACUGAAGCACACGACUUGCUCAGCGCGAGUUGCUGGAUGGUGGAACUGCACUGUCUGAAGCUGAACAAAUGGAUUUAAGAAGCUUUUGCAGCGCGGGCCUGGAGUGCUGGGCUUCUGGGCUGCUGUGGGUUUGCGUGUGGGUGCAGCAGGUUGCAGAUGUGUUGUACACGCUGUUUUAUAGAUUAUGCUCUAUUUAAGGAUCUUAACUUCAUCAGCCUCAUUUGCAUAAUUAAGCAUGUAUGCAAGUCCUGUUCUGGGCUACUGCUAAACUAAGCCAUGUUUUUCUCCUCUUCCACAACAUGAACUUUUAGCUUAGAGGUUUCUGACUAAACCUAAAUAACUUGCACAAUGUAGGUCAAUAAGGUUUGACUGUAGGCAUCUUAAUGCAGAGACUAGAGCAUCAGUUGCACAUUCAACACUUACAAGUUAAUGUAUUGUACAUAAAUAUACUGAAGAUAUUUAGCUCAACAAAAGCCUAAUAUAUAAUAAAUAUAACUACUAAUGUGAUCUGCUGGGAGGAAACAAACUUUCUUUUUGAUUUUAGCAUGAACAUGUUUUAGGGAAAUGAUCCAAUGUUAGGGUAAUGGCCAAGAUUGUAAAUGAAUAGUGAAAAGGGUGCUUAAUAGGUGAGAAUUUGAUGAGAGGAUUGAGACCACGGUCAUCAAGGUGUCAGCGUGGAGCCAGGAGUCAUUUAUAAGCACUGGAAGCAGGAGGAGUCUGUAGCUUCUGCCUGCUAACAGCUCCCAUCACACGAGGACGUUUAGCUUGAGCACGUUAGCGAGAUCACAUGGUUUCUGACGCAUCCAGUCGUUGUGCUGGGUUCAACCAAUCUGAACGUCCUCAGUCCAAACAAAGGCACCGAGAUGAGUGCGAUUCUAAUCCUCAAGUCAAAUGAGCUCUGGGUUUUAGUUUAGAAGGAGACAAUGCUUCCUUCACUGGUUUAACCAGCGGUUUCAGUUGCACUGUAGCUUCUGAAGGAACAGUGGAACCUUUGGAUGUAAAGGUUCCCACGUCCUCAGACUCAAUGUUUGUCGAACUCUUAAAUUAUGUUUUAAAUGUCAUUUUUAAACUCAGACUGCAUUGUGGCAUAAAAUGAUGAUCUGGUGGUAGUUUUAUUAGCAAUAUUUUCAUUCUAUGCAAGUUAGAUCCAUUUAGAAAGAAUGAUCCAAAUGAUGUUCAAAGGAUUGUAAGAAUAUAGAAGUUCUACUGAGAUUCUGUUAGAUAUUUACCAAAGCACUGUCUUGCGUCUGAUUCUGUGUUGCUGAGGAAGCUGCAGGUUUCAGGCCCAGUCCCAUGACUCCGGUACCACCCGCUCCUCCAGAGUUUGGUGCUGGGCUUUGGACCGGAGAUGGAGCUCAGCUGCAGCAUGGAGAGGACGUCUGUAGUUCAUGUCGCCAGUUUGCUCGGCUUCCUCCUCAUGUUUUCCCACUGGCUGAGUUGGGACCAGCUGUGAUGUACUGUAUGAUUCAGAAGCACUACUGCGUCACACGCUUGUGUGUCCAACGUGCUCACACACUGAAGUGUUCACAAUAAAAGACACCGACUUCAGAUGCUUUACAUUUACAUGGACUUUCACGGUAACAAAGUUUAAGGAUGUGAAUGUUAGCGGUUUAUGUUUCAAUGAUCAUCAGGAUAAUUUAAAAAUCUACAAGGUUAAAAUAAAAUUGUGAUAGUUUUUUUUAAGUGGUUACCUUAAUUUAAGAAUAAUUUUUAUUAUUUAUUUUUACUCCUUUUUAGAUUUUUUUUCUUUUGUGAAUCCAGUAAUUUAACAAUAGACUGACUACUGAACAAAGCAUCAAAUUCUUGUUUGCGCUGGAAUUCAAACAACUUAAAUUUUAUAUUGGUAAAUUAUUUCACAUGGGGAAUUUUAAAUCGGUUUCAAAUUAAUUUAUUCUUGAGUUUUACAAUAGGUUGGUGUUGGUUUGUAUUCAUGUUGUGAAGGUGAUGAAACGACUCUAGGAAAGAAAAGGUGCUUGUAAACGACAUGUCAGAAGAUCUAUUUAUCACUUUGUGUAUAAUGUUUGAUUUGCUUAAAGCAGAAAUGUUUUCUAAUGAAAAUCUGUAGCUUUGGAGUUGAGAUGAUUAUAGAUUCUACUGAGGUAGUUUGUUCAUGUAGGGGCAAAUACAAAGUGUCCAGAGCAGAUAAUAUAUUGUUAGAGAUAUUGUGAGGCUGUUUACUGUGCGCAGGUAAAUAAACUCAUUUUCUUUA